AUGGAUGAGCUUUUGUCCGACCUUGGCGUAAAUGGGCUAAUAUCGCUUGAAGAUAAAGAUCGCUCAAAAGACUCUCCUUGUCUUAUUGAUGUCAUCUCAUGUUUCACAAGCUUUCUUUUAAAAGCAAAACCUUCUCAAGAUCUAAUUAUGCAGUUUCUAAGGUGCUUUGACGAAUCCAUCUUAUUAUCUGAACAAUCCCAAGCAAUUAGGCAUGCGGGCUUGCUGUUAUUUUCCAAAGUGUUGCUACAUAUUAAGGACUCGCCUGAAUCUGUCGAUGUGCUUUCCCAUGUCUUUCUUUCACAUUGUUUCGGAGAAAGGGACCCGAGAAAUCUCAUGUUGCUAUUUAGACUUUCUUGUGACUUUAUUCGUGCUUCUAGCUCGCAGUAUGAAGAGCUCUUUGAGUCUAUCUUUUGCUAUUUUCCAAUUUCAUUUACGCCGCCACCUGAAGAUCCUUUUGGAAUCACCCCAGGUGACCUAUCAGCAGAGCUGGAGGCUGUACUAACGGCCUGUUUUUCAAACUCGCUUUCUUCGCUUGUUCUGGAGGCACUUGUCGAGCGGCUUGAAGACGGCAAUAACGCGUGUCAUGGGGUAUUGAUUGCUCUUUCCCAUCUCUUAUGUGAUGCCGAACGUUGGGGCUUGGUCAGCUCAGAUUGCUCCAUAGUUGCACGCCUUGUUGAAAUUCUAAUGAAAUACUUGGGAUCAAAUCCGAAGGAGGUUAUUUCAAUUUUCCUUUCGGCCCCCUGGCUAUUGCUGGAGGCCAAAAAUGCUCUCUCAUUAUUGGCUCGUUCCAUUUUCCUUGAAAAUGGUAAUGAUAGCACGGUCGCAGAGGAUGAUUCCAUUGUUCUCGCUAUGUUUGAACUCGACGCAGUUGAUGAUGAAAUUCUCGAUAAAAUUGUGAUAGAUCCGCUUUCUCCAACAUUCCGUUCGUUCCUUUCGUGCAUUUCAGACAAACUACCCGCUGAUGCCCUCAAAAGCUUUUGUAAACGCCUCGACGGCCAUCUUAAAUUUACCGGAGACCUGCAGAAUUUGCCUUUUAUCUCUGCAGCUGUUCAAGCAUUGCAACGUUUGCAAUACCACUUUUAUGACAGUCAAAAGAUAUCGAAUAUUCAAGCGGUUGCUUUUGAAGCACUGAUUAGGCAGACCGGAAAUUCCAAAGUGGUAUUACGAACUUUAAUUGAAACUAGACUUUUAUCCAAGCUAUCGCCCUCGCUUUAUUCAUAUAUGCUAUCCAUUCAAUCCCUUUCCUCUUUUUUACCAUCUGAUGCUGCCAAAGAUCCCAUCCUAAAUGACCUGAAUUCUUUAAAGGAGGACUUUAAAUUUGGCCGUAGUGGUUGUUGCAAUGGAAACCCGGCCUCAUCAUGUGAUAGAGUUCCCUCUAUUCCGCAAUCACAAGAUACCUGUGAAUGGCUAAGAUUUCUGGCACUAGAUGCCGCUCCAAUUGGCGAUGAGCUGCUUUUAAGACUGCUCAAACAUCCAUGUGUAUGGGUGCGUUUGGCAUUGAUCCAACGGAUAACAAAUGAUCGGCACAUUGACAAUUUAUUAUCGGAUCCUAAACGUGUUGUCCGAAAAGCAGCCGCUGUGAGGAGAAUUUCGCUUGCCUGCAACAAUACCAGAUGCUGCAAAUCUUAG